UUUUUAUUUAGAAAUGAAUACACAACCACCUUUCUCAUAAACUGGUCUCAACACUCGGUUUCGAUGCAAUUCCGUCUGAAGCAAACACAGUGAAUCUGCUUACGUUCGCUAGAUGGCGCUGUACUCUCUUAUCGCAGACAGACACAAAGUAAGUGUCAAAAUGUACGACGAAUGACAGAUGCGGACCAGUUUUCAAUCCAUGUGCUCACAAAACACAGUCAAUGCUAGUAAACAGAACGGUUUUGCACGCAUGAAACAUGAAAAUAUCGACAGCUAAUUUUAAAAAUCCGGCGUACGUGGAAAAUCAUGAGAUUUUCGUCGGUACACACACUGGAUCCAUUAAACGUAUCGGUUUAACUGAUGAAAACCCGCACAAGCAGACCAAUUUGGAGGAUAUUCAGUCAUUGACAAAAACCAGUCGAAUCACAACUCUGAAUUUCGGCGAAAAUGAUGAUGAAAUCCUUGUGGGUCGUGUCGAACCGGUGGUAAAAGUCUACGAAACACCAUUAAACUCAUUUACGGGCAAUCAUACAUUCGAACACGGUCCCGUCGUCGGUUUGGCCAAAUUUAAUGGCAAAAUCAUUGCCGGUUUGGGCAAUGGAAAAAUUCAAAUUGGCCAUAAGAAACCAACGUUUUUAGAGGCUGGUGAUGCGAUGUCACGUAUGCGACAAUGUGCUGUGGAACGAAAAUUGAUUGCCAGCGGCGGUAAAGAGCGUCAAAACAAUCUGAAAGUUUGGAAUUUAGAAACAAAUGAAUGUGUUUUCCGUACAAAAAAUGUCCCCAACGAUUUUUUACAACUCGAAGUACCGAUUUGGGACACAGAUUUCGGAUUCAUUGACGCCAAUUGCUUGUCCACCUGCUCGAGAUAUGGAUAUGUUCGCGUGUACGAUAUGAGAAAACAACGUCGUCCAAUUCACACCUAUUUCAAUGACAAAGAACAAAUCAGCUACAGCUGCUUAGCGCUGCAUGGUGACGUGGUUUUUGCUGGCACAACAACCGGAGUGAUGCACGCAUUUGAUUUACGUAGAAUGAAACAUGUGCUACACACUUACAAGGGCUUUGCGGGCAGUAUCAGUGAUAUUGGUGUGGAUGGCAGUGGCAAAUUCCUGUAUAGCGCUUCACUUGAUCGGUUUGUACGAGUUCAUCAUGCGGAAUCCACCAUUUUACAGUAUCAAUGCUAUGUUAAAUCCAAAGCAACGAGAAUUUUAUUGAGAAAUUACACACCACUCCAGGUUAAGGAAGAAAAUGACACAACGGCAGAAGAGAUACCUUCGAAAGUUCGACGAACCAAGGCUAACGACGAUCAAGAUGAGGAUGGUGAUGACGAUUUCGAUGAAAUGUUCAACAACAUGCAAACCGUUGUCGACGGCGAGGAGAAAGAAAAGAAAAUUAGCACUGUCAAAGAAAAGAAACGAAAAUCAACGGACCGUAUAAACCCGUUCAACAAAUUGAUGAAGAAGAAAAAGAAAUGAAUGUAUUUCAACGUUAUUUAGUUUAUUUUUCUGGAAAAUAUCAAUAAAAUCUUCAUUUUAAUUCAAAUAAAUGUUAAUGAUGAGUUUGAACCGAAGAAAAUGUAUUUUAGAGAUAGAUUUUUUUAACGUAGCCUUGGGCUGGAAAGUGUGAGCCAAAAAAAUACUUUUAAAAAGAUUGAGUUUGAAUUUAUGACAAAACGAGAUUUUGAUCUUCGUAAGUUGACAAGAAAGGUUCUUGUUUUCGUAAAAUUCCUUAAAAACCUAGUCAUUUUACUGGUAAUAUAGGUAAGACAUAUAGCCAAAUUAUAGGUAAGACUUAUAAGUACAGCCAAAGCAUUACUUACAUUGCUGUCAGUGAACUAUCAAGUCACCAUCAUGCCAAUCAGGCACAGCUGAAAAAGAUUCCGUUCCAAAAGGCAUCAAUUUAGAAAAAUUCUCCCAAUCAAAAUGCAUUUCAAAUUGAAUCAAUAACACAGUUUGACGCGUGUUUUUUUUUUCAUUUGGCAAUUGAGUAGUUUUCAAUUCCGUAGUCAUAGAGAUCUAAAAUAUCGCAUGGAAGUCCGUCUCAUGUGCCGAAUAAAAACACGCGUCGGACUGUGUAAUCCAAUCCAAAUGAAUAAAAACAAACAAAAUUUAGUUUGUAUAGAAAAAAAAGAACUUUAUUUUUCAGUUUCGAAAAUCAUUUUGAAACAGCAAAUGAAAGUAUCAUGGCAGCAUAGCCAUAUGAAAGCGAGCAGGGUUACUAAAAUGCUAAUUGAUUUUUUUUUAAUUUUCAAAAAAAAAGAAGUCCAUUAUUUUAAUUUGCCUACUAGAAUGUUAUGUUAUUAUGCUGGGCUUUC